AUGCCUAUGCACAAUGGGCUCCUCCCUCGAGAGGGCUUCAAGGGCGACACAGUCUUGAAGAUCCUCCGCAACACAGCACUCAACCCCAAGUUGGUCCUGCCGCUGCUGCUGCUUGCCAAGUACACUAAGAAGGGCCAGAACUGGGCCAUUCUGCACCCAACAGCAUACUCGCGACUCAAGAAACUGCUGGCGUUUGGUCUUAUCCGCUGGAUCAACAACUACUUCUCUCGCAAAGUGCUGAACAACUGGGUCGACGACAAGUAUGACUGGUCCAGGGAAAUCGUGGUCAUCACUGGGGGAGCCGGUGCUAACUACAACACAGGUCACACCGUCCACUACUUCAAAUGCGACAUCACCUCCCGCAAGGCCCUCUCCCUCGUCGCGCGCGAGAUCCGCCUUGCCGUCGGCGACCCCACGAUCCUCAUCAACAACGCAGGGGUGGUGCAAGGCCGCACCAUCCUCGACGCCUCGGAGUCCGACAUCCGCUUCACGUUUGACGUCAACACGUUCGCGCACUAUUUCACGGUGCAGGAGUUCCUCCCGCACAUGAUCCGCACCAACCACGGCAUGGUGGUCACGGUCGCGUCCGUCGCGGCCUGGGUCACCGUGCCCAACAUGGUUGACUACGCGGCCUCCAAGGCCGCGGCACACUCCUUCCACGAGGGGCUCACGGCCGAGUUGGCGACGAGGUAUGAUGCCUCGCGAGUGAGGACGGUGCUGGUCAAUCAGGGGUACACCACCACGCCGCUGUUUGAGGGGUAUCACAACGACAGCCCGUUCCUGAUGCCCGCGCUGGACCCGGCCACGGUCGCCGAGGCGAUUGUGGCGCAGGUGCUGAGGGGUGAGAGCGGCCAGGUGGUUCUGCCCGCGUUCGCGAACUCGAUGGCUGUGCUGGCGGGCAUGCCGCUUUGGUAUCAGCAUCGGCUGAGGGUGAAGAACCAGGGCAUUAUGAGGGAGUUUAGGGGGAGGAAGGUAGUGCAGGAUGUGGAGAGGUUCUAUGAGGAGAGGGAGAGGGAGCAUGGGGGUGAAGCGGGUGCCACUGGGCCGGGGGCGAGCACGGUUUUGGUGGAGAAGUGA